UUAAAUUAUAAUUUUUAUUUCAUAUGGCAUCAUUGACAAAUAGUACCUUCAGCAAAGGGAUGUCUGACAUUUACAUGUCAGAAACCUUCCGUCUUCAGAAGGAAACCGACGCAUUCACUAAAAAGUUAGAACAUGAGAAAAGACAACUAAUGAUUGUAGAGGACCAAAUUAAGCAAGCAAUGAUUGAGAUCGAGGAGAAAAAGAGCAAAAUUAAUGAGAUCAAACCCUCCAGAGAAGAGCUUAGGAAGAGAAACGCCACUAUUAAUAAUAUGCAAAAAUCUAUCCGAAACGAAGAGCUCAGACUCAACGAGACAAAUGCCAAGAACCAAGAUUUGAAGGGAGAAAUUGACGUUCACAGGAAGGAAAUCAUUAGCACUAGCAAGCAGCUAAAGCGUUAUAAUAAGAAAAUUAAGAAGACUAUCAGAAAAGCCAAAGAUACCAAUUCUGAUUAUGUCAAAGACAGGAAGAAAGCCGAAGAGACUCAUGACCAGAUCCUUGCCUUGAAGGCUAAACAUGAGGAAGAAAAGGCCAGAUUUGAAAAAGAAAUUCGUAAUCUCCAGGAGAGACUUAAUGACAAGGACCAUUCCGAAGAGGCCAAAGAGACUCAAGUAAAUGAGCCAGAUGAUACUGAUAAGAAUACAAAGUUUUCUAAUCCUAUUGGAAUUCUAAAAAUGAGGCUGAAUAAAAUUAUAGCUACUAACAAAGAGAAAAAGAAACUUAUUGAUCAAUAUAUCAGAAAUGUUAAGCUGAUCGAGGAUGCUUUUGAGAAGAUUAAAAAUACUACCGGUAUCUCCAGUAUCGACGAAAUCGUCACUACUUUCAUCAAGGCUGAAGAACAGAACUAUAGCUUGCUCAAUUAUGUCAACAGGCUUGGCCAGGAAACCGACCAACUUGAGGAAACUAAUAAAAAGAUUAAGCAAGAUAUUGAAGUCUUCAAGAAGAACCAGCAGCUUGGAGAAAUAGAAAAGGGUGAAUAUAUUGAUGGAAUGAAAUAAUGAAAUCACUGAAAUGAAGGAGAAUAUAACAAAGGCUAAUCAAGAAAAAGACCAAUUUAAAUCAGAAUUAAAGACUAUUCAAAGUUUUGUAGAGAAGAUCGUUUCCUUGUUUAAGAAAUCCAAGUUUAUUCUAGCAGUUGCAAAUAAGAUGAGCUAUGAAGAUGGCACGACUUUCAAUGAUACGAACGUGAUCCAGUACCUAGCAGAACUCGAAGAAUACAUCUCCAGCCUCAUCACUUAUGCCGCGUUCAAAAAGGAAGAACCAUUCGCCGCAAUUUCAGCAAUUCCGUUCGAAAAGCUGAAUAAAAAGGACUUUGACAAGUCGAAGCUCAAUGUUGACGCGCCGGCCAACACUCAGUUCGAGGGGAACCAGGAAGGCGAAAGUAGAGAAGACGAGGGAGGCAUCGUCAACUCUAAGGAGCUCUUCAGUAAAUUCCUGUAUCUCGUCAAUAACAACAAGAUCAGCUUUGUUUCUAGAUCUACAGUGAAGCAACAGCAAGUCUAGGUCGACACAUACAGUGCAUAAAGUUCAAUUAUUACAAAAUAAUUAG